CACACUCACUGUCUAAUGAUGAAUCAGAGGAUAUCGAUUUGUGAUUUCCGUUAUUGAAUAGAGGAGAUGUCACGCUACUAAGGACAAACAUCAAGUUCUGAUAUUUCACAAAUUUAGACAUGUGCUUGUUGCUCUUAAAAAACGGGCAAAAAUAUAGUUUAUUUUCAAAAUUCAAUAUGUUGACAGAAGGAAUACUGAUCCAAAAAUCUUACCCUGUUUAAUUCUUUCGAAAGAACAAAAAAGUAAAGAUAUUAUUUCUUAUUUAGCAUGUCAAUUUGGUUUAUUAUCAACUAGGUUCCCCAUUGAAAGUCUUGUUGGUCUAAGAACAGCCUGUCCUGAUGAUUUAAAAAAUUUAGAUGUGUUUGAACUUAAAGAUGAAAUUACUUUGAUAGAAGCAUCGAAAAUGUUUGUUCGUGGAGCCGUAAGUGGAGCAAUGUGUGAUUUUAAAACAAAAUGUGCGACAAAGCACUGUCCAUGUAAAAAAGCAGGAGUCGCAUGUUCAACAAAAUGUCAUUCAAAAAGAGGUGCACGUGAGAAUACAAAAUAA